UCAAAACCCUCGUCCCCGCCGCGGUGCUUCCGGCGACGGCCAUGGACACCGGGGUGCCUGCCUUUCCCAUGAGCCUGGUGAUGGCGGAGAUGUUCCGGCAGCUAGGCUUUGACCCGGAUCAGGUGGAGGGCUUCCUCGCCCACUUCCUCUCCUACACCCACUGCGCCCUCCCGGAGCCGCCCGUGACGGCCGACGCUCGCCUCUUCGCCCUCCUCCCCGACGACUCCGUCGACCGCGUCAGCUGCCUCCCCGACGCGCUCCUCGGCAACGUCGUCUCCCGCCUCCCCGUCAAGGACGCCGCGCGCACCGCCGCGCUCUCCCGGCGCUGGCGCGGGGUCUGGCGCUCCGCCCCGCUCGUCCUCGUCGACUCCCACGUCCACCCCGCGGGCACCGCGUACGCGCAGCGCGUCGCCUGCGCCGUCUCCCGCGUCCUCGCCGCGCACCCGGGCCCCUUCCGCUGCGUCCACCUCACCGAGUCCCCCCUGCUCACGGCCUGGCUCCAGAUCGUCGCCGGCAAGGGCAUCCAGGAGCUCACCCUCGUCAACCGCCCGUGGCCGCUCGAGAUCUUUCUCCCGUCCACCUUCUUGUUAGGCAUGGAAACCCUCACCCGCCUCUACCUCGGCCACUGGAUCUUCCCCGUCACGGCCGACCUCCCGCGCGCCACCUGCUUCCCCAACCUCCAUGAGCUCGGGCUCUGUGACGUCGUCAUGAAGACCGGGGAUUUGGACUUCAUCCUCGACAGGAGCCCCGUGCUGGAGACGCUCUCUCUCGAAGGGGGGAGGCUCGAGCAUUGCCUCCGCCUUGUCAGCCAAAGCCUCCGGCGCGUGCAGAUCAUCGGGUGCUCGGUUCAAGAAAUCUUCGUGGUGGACGCGCCAUGCCUUGAGCGGCUCAUCCAGUCGGGAGGCUGGUGCCCUGAAGACACUGACGGCAACUGCACCAGGCUAAAGAUUGGCCAUGUCCCCAUGCUGCACAUGUUGGGAUACUUGGAGUUGGAUUCAGGGCACGUCCUAGAGGUCGGCAAGACCAUCAUCAAGGCUGGGACAAGGGUGAGCCCGAGCACCAUGGUACCAAGCGUGGGAAUCCUGGCUUUGGAGGUGCGUUUCGGAGUCCGCAACGAUGCCAAGAUGGUUCCCAGUGUCCUCAGGUGCUUUCUGAAUGUCGAGACGCUCAACAUCAAGUCUGCGAAAACCGAUCGAUCCACUGGCAAGCUGAACCUGAAGUUCUGGCAUGAGUGUGGUGACAUCGAGUGCGUCCGGUCGCGCAUCAAGCUGCUGGUUUUCCAUGAUUUCCGAGGGGGCCGAGGCGAGCUCGCGUUCCUCAAAUACUUCUUUGAGACCGCAUUGGUGCUGAAGAAGGUGGUGAUUCUAUUCGCCGUUGGCUUCGCUUCGACGGAGGAGGCGCAGUCCAAACUGUCGAGUCUGGGGUCGGUGAAACGAGCCAGUGAAACCUCUACAGUGCUGGUCACUCUACCCUCUGAUCCUCAAGAAGGUUCCAUUCGGAGCUUCAAAAUAGGAUCUCAGUUUUCUGCUGACGACCCUUUUGCAAACUACUAAAGUCACAGCAAGCGAACUGCAGUACCUACGUAGGAGUAUAUUUCAUCCUGCAAAGUAAAUUGCUCUGGAAGGAGGUUGUUUAUGUAUGACCAUGGCGGCGGAAUGUUCUGGUGUCGGAAUUACUAGAUAUCACACAUUUGUGUUGGACAGGUUCCACCAGUUCCAUUCCACCGCGUUGGACAGAGGUGUAGGAAAGUACAGCGGCGCGCCUACAUUCCCCGGCGGUACUCGGCUUUUGGAAUUCCAAGAUGGGUUUGCUUGGGAUAAUCUUCUGAAAGGAGGCGGCCUCAUAACCCCAUUUGCUCCCUUUGCAACCUUGGACUGGCAAGUGCAACCCACUUAUGAGCUCACUGCCUUGUGUAUGGGUUUAUUGGUUCACCAAGUUUCAGUUUCCCUUGCACCCGGUGCCAAACACUAGUACUAAAUGCCUGCUGAAUUGGUGGCUUACGGUGCUUGAUCAAAUUCGGAGAAAGGAUUUCUCUUCCUUUGUUAUGGUUGUCUGGUGGUUCGUCUGGACGGAGCGGAACAGCAGGAUAUUCAACCUUAAGGCGUCGAGCUUUUUUGCCAUCUGCUCAGUGAACUGAAGAACUGUUAAUAGGCUGGGCUUCAAGGUGCCUUGUGGUUAGGGGCGAUGUAGCCCCAGCUUCAUCAACCUUUUCCUUUUCUUCUUUCUUUUUAUUUUGUUCCUUCAGGUUCUGUAUAGUUCUUUUCCUGUAACUGUGUACUGGUGAUCUUCUCUUAAUGAAUGAAAGUAGCGCUCGUUGUA